UGCAUGGCAGGUGGAUGACUACAGCCUUGUCAACUUCCUCCCUCUCGACAUAUCAGACGAGGACAGCAUCCAGUACGUGCUAUCGCAGGUGGACAACGCCAUACAGUACGGCGAGGAUGCCGAUGUCAAGAUCAAAGACGAGCCGGAGGAGUGGGAGGGGGAGUGAGGGCACGGUGCAAGUGCCACAAUGGGAUCUGACUGGGGCCAGGGGACUGUGUGCCUGCCUGGCACGGUGGCCAGGGCACCAAGUGUGUUCGGUUUUCUUGCACACUCCAGGUCAGCUCCAAUGCCUCACAAUUUCCAAGCUCCUGGGGUAUCACUGGUGGCUCUGGACAGGCAGCGGAGUGGGCGGCAGAGGGGGCAGCGGAGUGGGCGGCAGAGGGGGCAGCAGAUGAAGCAGCAGCGGGACCAGCCGAUGGGGCAGCGGGACCAGCAGAUGGGGCAGCGGGACCAGCAGAUGGGGCAGCGGGACCAGCAGAUGGGGCAGCGGGGGCAGCAGACUCCCUUGACUGCCGUCUACCCAUGGCGUGCUGCCAUGUGGAAUGUGCUCUCAUGUCUGUAGCAUGUAUGUUAGGCUAACAGCUGGUGUUCUUGGUUGCCUUGCACGUUCCUGGUCCGUCUUUGGCUCUAGAUCUUGUUCUGUGCUGUGUCAGAUGGCUUCUCUGUGAUGCAAGUGGUCCUGUUGUCUCAUCAUGGAACUGAAGUGCA